CGAUCUGAUUAGCAAACCUUCCAAAAAGCCACGAGUAUUAACACGUGCAUCUCUCUCUACGCGUAUAUCAUUUCACCAUCGAUAGAUACUACCUUGACCACAAGUACGACACCAUAUAUAUUCGAUUAAUCAUAAAUGCUCAUUUAUGAGAAUUUCAAUAAAUACAUUAAUCCUAAAGACGGUGAAAAAUAAAAGAAAAAUUGAAGAAGAAAAGCAAGAGAACGCAGCUGCUCGCAAAAGGUGAAAUAUAGAGGAAGGAAGAGUGGUGGUGGUUCUAGUGGUGCUGGUGGUGGUGGUAAAAAGAGCUAGCUACCACUGUAUACGAGCUACAAGGAGUCAUUUAGACUUUAGACGUUCCUGAAAUCGCGUUACAAGGGUUGAACGGUGCUAUACCAAUUAAACUUGACAACCAUUUCAAUAUAAUUAAGAAGAAAGUGGACACUUUGAUAGAAAGACAUCAAACAGCUGCUACCGCUACAGGGAUAGUAGUUACAAUAAAUGAUUAUUUUCUGUUGUCAUAACAGAGCCACGUGUGUUGAAUAAAACGCGCACGCUCUGUUUUGCCAAGGUUUGGAACCAAAGAGAGAGAGAGAGAGAGAGAGAGAGGGAGAGAGAGAGAGAGAGAGGGAGAGAGAGAGAAUAAAAUAAUCGACGGAAGUAGUUAUAUCCUGGGCCGACAGAGGCAUCCUGACAGUUUCUGCGCACGUACUACCCCAAUCCCUACUUAUAUUUACUUGUACGUGUAGCACCUGCUAUUUGACAGGAUAUAUAUCAAGAAAAAAAGGUGUUUAACGAAUAUUUUCAAGAAGAAAAAGAACAAAAUAGAAGACAACUAUCAACGACGUUUACCGGUACUUAGGCUUGAUUGUAGGCCACAACAGCGGUGCAAAAGUACCAGGCAACAGAUUGAUAUUUGAAAAAGAAAGAACCGGCAUUACAAAGCAGGACACACACGAUGCCGUCUAAUACGCAAAGGAGACAGAUCAUGCAACCAUGGCCCCUGUGCCUAGUGCCCUUCGCAAAAACGAAGAUGAAGUCAGUGCAACCAACUCAUGACUACGUUGUUGACUGUCAUGGACGCAGCGCUAAAAUGCUUCAAGGGCCACAAGCAUCUACGUCGCUGGAGCGAAGUGUUUUACCAAAUUAUUAUACGAGAGUCCCGUCUAUCGCAAGAUCUUCAACAACAAGUUCAGGGAUAACAUUAGAUUGUGCUUCGAACGCAACCCUCGCAACAAACGCAAGCCCUUUCAACAGCCAAACAGCCCUUCUUGUGGAGAAGAAAAAAUCGCCGUCGUCGCCGAGCGGUAGCAACAGCGUAUCGAGCAAUCAUUAUUACGUUGAAAAUCUAAGAAACAAUCAUCAACUUUUUAACAAUCAACAAUCGCAAAAAAGUCUUACUGGUUCAAGGAUUUAUGAUCCUUUAGACAAGGGUCUCGACGUUGAUUACAAACAAUUAGAUCCGUUGAUAGCCAAAGAUCUUCACCAGCCUAAGAUAGGAGGACUAAUGAAUAUCAAUCAGGAAGAGAAGGAUAAAGAUGCGACGACACAGGAAGUCGAACGUUUACCCCCGUCACAAUUUCAAAAGGAUCAAGAUUUAUCACCGAAACGAUUUAUCAGACAGGUAUUGGCAGCCUUAACACUUUCAUUGGGUUCCCUCGUUGUGGGUUUUGCCUCUUCCUAUACGUCGCCAGCCCUUGUUUCUAUGCAAAGCAAUGCAACUGAUACAAACUUUGAAGUUACCAAACAAAUGGGUAUGUGGAUUGGAUCGAUCAUGCCUCUGAGUGCACUUAUCGGAGGUAUAGCCGGUGGUCCAUUCAUUGAAUAUUUAGGAAGAAGAAAUACUAUUCUUGGAACUGCCGUGCCGUUCAUCGUAGCUUGGGUUCUCAUCGGUUUAGCUCAAAAUAUUCCUAUGAUACUUGCCGGACGUGCUAUUUGCGGUUUUUGCGUAGGAAUAACUACCCUAUCACUUCCAGUUUAUCUGGGUGAAACGAUACAACCUGAAGUUCGUGGAUCGUUAGGUUUAUUGCCUACGGUCUUUGGUAACACCGGUAUUCUAACGUGUUUCAUAGCUGGCAUGUAUUUAAAUUGGAGAUAUCUUGCGUUGCUCGGUAGUAUUUUUCCAAUACCAUUCCUCAUAUUGAUGUUUUUAAUUCCCGAAACUCCAAGGUGGUACAUCUCAAAGGGUAAAGCAAAACGCGCACGUAAAUCUCUCCAAUGGUUACGCGGUAAAGAUGUUGAUAUUACCGAAGAAUUGACAAUGAUCGAAGAAUUACAUGUAGAAAGCGAGAAAGAUAUGCAAAAUGGAUUAUCAGAAUUACUUAAACCGAGCCACAUCAAACCCAUUUUGAUUUCAUUGGGUCUGAUGUUUUUCCAACAGAUGUCUGGUAUCAACGCUGUUAUCUUUUACACCGUUCAAAUCUUCAAGGAUGCCGGUAGCACAGUCGAUGAAAAUAUCUCGACCAUAAUCGUUGGUAUCGUCAACUUUUUAUCAACUUUCAUCGCUGCAGUGGUGAUCGAUAAACUUGGCAGAAAAAUGCUUCUAUAUGCAAGUGGGAUAUCUAUGUUCAUAACACUUUUCACUCUUGGUUGCUACUUCUACGUCAAAAUAAGUGACAUUGACGUAUCCAAUUUCGGAUGGAUACCAUUGCUGAGCAUGAUCAUUUACGUGAUCGGUUUCUCAUUAGGAUUUGGUCCAAUCCCAUGGUUAAUGAUGGGUGAAAUUCUACCAGCAAGAAUUCGUGGUACAGCAGCUAGUAUCGCCACGGCCUUCAAUUGGACGUGUACAUUCGUAGUUACGAAAACUUAUGAAGACUUCAAAGAAUUAACCGGCGCACACGGAACAUUCUGGUUCUUUGGUAUCAUUUGUGCGCUCGGUGUUAUUUUCGUUUAUAUAUGGGUACCAGAAACACGUGGUAGGUCGCUCGAAGAAAUUGAAAAGAGAUUCGCAGGACCAGUAAGAAGAAUGAGCGCUGUAGCUAACUUGAAACCAACCCCAAUGGGUGUCUAAUUUUUUUUUUUUUUUUUUAACUUUCUUAUUCCUUUUAUAUUAUCUAUUAUUAUUAUUAUUAUUAUUCCUUUUUUUUAAUGAUGAUCAAUUUAGAAUGAAUAUGCUAUUGACAAACAACUAUCGCGCAAUAGCGAUCAAAGCUUAAGCAUGAGGUAAAUGAUCUUAGAAUGAUUCUUCUUGAGAUGAAGCGUGAUUGCUCUCUCUUUCUCCUUUUAUAUUUUCUCUUUUUCUAUUUUUUCUCUCUCUUUCUCUCUCUCUCUCUCUCUAUCU